AUGAGUUUUCGUCUUCCCGUUGCAGAUGUCAUUGAUGAAGAUGGUCUUAGUCAAUCCAGCAGCGAUGAAGAUGAUGAUGAUCAGACGUGGGACGAUUGGGUAUCUGAUUCUGCUCGCCAACCAUGUCGGUCUUUAUUCGAGGAGAAGUCUUUUCCAAGCGUUGAAGAAGCGCUCAAAUACGAUAAUGUUACGUAUGGGUUUGACUUGAACGGGACCUGUGCAAAAUUGUCACUGGACACGCAUGGUCGUAUCAGACUCAUCAACUACAUUCGAAAACAGAAAAUUUCGUCAGCAGAGGUUGCUGUGCUCACCGGAACGGAGUCUUUUUUCGAGUCAGAUGAAUACUUGAUCCCGGCAGUCGAAGACGAUCCGUUAUUACAACUUCAAGCCGAUGACUGGUCUGACUCGGAUGACGAAGGCACCUCGGACCCUAGCCGCCGAAUACUGGCGCUGGAGAAAAAGCUGGCCCGUACGCAGCAAGAGUUCCACGAGUAUCGAACUCUCAUUUCUAAGGAGAUGGACCUCGCCAGUCUGGUCGAGCCUAGCACAUCAGAACCCCAUUCUCGUGACGAUGAUACCCACUACUUUGAAAGCUAUGGUGCUAAUGACAUACACGCAGUCAUGAUUCAAGACCAGGUCCGGACAUCGACGUACGCGCAAUUCAUUCUGACGAAUCCCAGUAUCUUCGAAGACGCCGUAGUUCUUGAUGUCGGUUGCGGAACCGGCAUAUUAUCACUUUUCGCUGCACGUGGGGGUGCCAAACAUGUUUAUGCCGUCGACGCUAGCGAUAUUGCGGAGAAGGCAGAAAAAAUUGUCAAGGUGAAUGGAAUGGAGGAUAUCAUUACCGUCAUUCGCGGCAAGAUUGAGGACCUCACGAUCCCGGAAAAGGUUGAUAUCAUAAUCUCCGAGUGGAUGGGAUACGCCUUGUUGUAUGAAUCGAUGCUUGAUUCUGUUCUAAGCGCUCGUGAUCGUUUCUUACGUCCCGGUGGUAUCAUGGCACCCAGUCAGUGCAAGAUGAUGCUCGGACUGUGCGACGCCAGCGAGGUCCUGAAAGAUCGUGUCACCUUUUGGAACGACGUGUACGGUUUUGAUUUAUCGGCGAUGGCGGAUGAUAUGUACGAUGAAGCUAUCAUCGAUGUCGUUGGCCCAAACACGAUGAUGAGCACGCCGUACACGGUAAAGGACCUUUAUCUCGGAACUAUUUCCCCACGACAGCUCAACUUUUCAUCUACGUUCUUGCUCGUGUCUAGAGCGGAGCGGCGGACUAAAGUAACGGCGUUUGUGCUUUACUUUGACACGUUUUUUACAAAGACUGGGAAGCCCGUUUCCCCGAGUACGCAAGUAAAAGUGGUCAAAGACGACGAAGUUGUCUUGGCGGAGGUAUGGCCGGUCGGUGGGAAGCCUCCGCCGCAGCGGAGGCCAAGCCAAGGGGCAGACAGAGAAAAGGUUACGAGUUUCAGCACCGGACCUCAGAGUAUUCCUACGCACUGGAAACAGACUAUCUUCUUACUGAGGGAGCCUAUCGUUGUGGAAGAAGGUUCCAAGGUUCGAGGAACGUUCUAUUGUCGUAAGAGCGGAAGUAACUCUAGGGAGCUGGAAAUCGAGAUUCACUAUGUGAAACAGGACUCCACUGGUACUGAUGAAUCCAAAGACCUCGUGGUGCAAAUGUAUACCGUACGAUAG